AGUGCGUCGAAUGGUACAUUUUGUAUAAAUGUUAUUAUGCUGCGUUCAAAAUAGCGGUGAAUGUUGUAUUGAAAGCGAUCGAAGAAUCGUCAUUACCAACUAUAACAUUGGAUCGCAGGUGAUUGACGUUGAUCUUACACAAGCAAAACAUAAGGACAUACUUAUGGGGCAUUGACGGUGAAAAUCCUUUCUUCAAUUGAAAAUAUCGAAUGAUAUACAAAGUAUUGCUUUGCUCCGUGAAACUGGACGGUGAAUUUAUAGUGGAAUGAAAUUACAGAUUUGCCAUUUCGUCGAUUCUGACUUCGGAUUGUAUACGUCUUGUUUUUAUGCGAUUUUGUAUAACUCAUGGUACCUAGUGAGACUUGUCUUUGCAUUAGAUAGCAUGGACAUGAAAAAUGAUGUCAUGAAGUUCAUGCUCCAGUCCUUUGAAGAGAUUUAUAUUUCAUGACCUGGAGGAGUAGGCUUUUAAAGAAAGCUAUCACCAUGCCGACCAGAAAGCUUCGAGUAAGAGAAAUGAAUACUGAUAUGACGGCUUGCUAUCUUCUGACUACCCCAGAGAUGCAGCCAUCAACGUCUCAGGUCUCCCGGUUAAUAGUUCCGCCAACAACAGCAUGCUAAACAGAACCACAACGAGGAAUGUCUCUUCAGCUGUACAUGGUCACACUGUCAAUCUACCCGGCACCAACCCAGAGCGUUACAUUCCCGUCCUCACCGUCAAACGACCGAUGGCAAAAGUCUCUGCACCUGCUCCUCUGAUAGAUGAUCUACAGUCAAAGGACAGUAUUUCAGGUCAGGGCGAGGUGAGGGCGUCCCAUAGUGGUAAAUCGUAUGCCUUUGGAAGACCCGUGCCUCCUGUUGAUUGCUUCCAGUCUAGGACACCAAUUGCGCAAAGGGUGCGGAACUGCAGUAGAUCUUUGGCAGUUGGUACGUCACAGCGUCCUAUGACAGACGUGAGGACCGGAUUCAUGAGGACGAUGUCUAAGCCCACACCUGGUGAACUCGAUCUGAAACUUCACCAAGAAAAACAGGCAAUCGACAAAAUCAAAGCCGACUUGAGACGUGAACAAGCUGCCUUUGGUGAUCCAGAUAGACUAGAUAUGAAAGACAUUCUGAAGUUCAUGAACGAACAUCAAAUCUCGAAUAGCACAAACAGGCGGCGACCACGGGCAGCCAAAAGACGGGUUCCGCAUGCGACUCUUGUCCCGAGUAAUGUCCUAGAACCAAGAGCGCUUAGAGAAGAAGAAUUAGCUGAGAAAGAAGUCAAAGCACAAAAAGCCAUUAAGGAAUACAAACACAGACUCAACGCUCUCAGUGCUCAAAUGCGUUCUACCAAAGACCGUUCUCAAAGCGCAGUAUCCCGUUACAGCCAUACCUCUGGGAAUCAAGACAUCGACAGGCAAUCUUUAAGACUCGCCCCUAGUAACAAUGACAGGCACUUAAGCAUACAGCUUCUAAAUCUUCCAGACUAUGGGGGCCGGUCUUCUCCUCAGAGUAGUAUAGACUCGAUCAGUUCACGAAGCGUCUCUCUGCAGACUCGUCUUUCACCGAGGGGUUCCGCAGUUGCAACAUCAAGGGCCACAUCUUCAUGUCCCGGACGGAGGACCCGCCAACCGCAAUACCCUGAUCCUAUAUACAUUCCUAGUGCAACGGAAGAUUACGACUCGACCGGAUACGGAGACGACCAACGACCUUUUGUGAAGCUGUCGAUGCGUAGGUCCUCGAAUGUCACACGUGAGACAUCACUCAUGACUGACAUGGACCCGAGCAAUGCUCCAGUCCUGACCGUCCACGUCUCCUUUCCGCGACCCACCGUCCCGCCCUCAAAUACACCUGUCAGCGCGUUCGACGAAGAAGGCCUGAACGAUCUAGACGGAAGCAUCUUCGGCGAUGACGACAGUCUCGAAACGAACUGGUCGUCGAGGAGUUGCUCUCGUGUGAGCAGUGCUGCAAGUUCGAGGAUGAGUACCAGGUCGUGUACGCCGAGCGCGAUCUCCAAUCGUGAAAAGGGAAAGACAACUGCACUGUGAAAAGGUUGGGCAAUAUUUUCUUACACUUUGCCCAAUGUUGUGCCAAUAGUUAACCCAACCAUCUAUUGGGCAAUAUUUUGCCCAGUGGUAUUGGUAAACGUAAGUACGUGUAUAAUUGUUUCGUAUUUUACCCAACAGCUGGUCAGGAUUUUCCCAACAAGUGGGCUACCGUAGUCGGGCAGUUGAAGGGUCAUAUCUUGCCCACUUUAUCGACUAAAUACGAAACAAUUAUGCAAACGUG